AUGACGGGGACACCAAAGUCUGAUUUCGAUGAUUACUACAAUUUUAAUGAAACUGAACAAGGAGCACAACCAUGCAACAAUGGUAAUGCAAAGGCGUUCAGUGAGGUUUUCCUUCCCACCCUGUACAGUAUCGUUUUCAUUGUUGGCUUCAUUGGAAAUGGUCUGGUUGUCUGGGUCCUCAUUAGACAUCGUCAAAAAUCCAACAUGACAGACGUUUGCCUCUUCAACCUAGCCCUAUCUGAUCUAAUCUUCCUUGUGUCACUUCCGUUCUGGGCUCACAAUGCCAUGGAUGAGUGGAUUUUUGGCAAGUUUAUGUGUCACACUAUAACAGGUGUCUUCAUGAUUGGUCUCUAUGCCAGCAUCUUCUUCAUGGUUCUCAUGACACUGGAUCGCUAUGCCAUCAUCGUCCAUGCCCACAGUAUGUUCUCCAGACAUCGUUCUACAAAAAUGGGUUUGGCUCUGGCCUCGAUGGUAUGGAUAAUCAGCUUGUUUGCAUCUCUACCUAACAUCAUUUUUACCAAUCAGAAAACUGAUUCAAACAACAAAAGUUCCUGCCGACCUGAUUUUCCUGAUGACACAUCCUGGAUGUCCUUUACCUACAUUAACAUGAACAUUCUGAGCUUGGUUUUCCCUCUGAUUAUCAUGAGCUUUUGUUAUUCCCGGAUUAUCCCUACUCUGCUAAGCAUAAAAUCACAAAAAAGGCACAAAGUGGUCAAACUGAUCCUUGCUGUGGUAGCGGUUUAUUUUCUCUUCUGGACUCCAUACAACAUUGUCAUGUUUCUUAUGUUCCUGCAGAGAUGUGGCUACAUGCUUUCUUGCGACUGGCAUAUUAGUUUGAGUCUUGCCAUGCAGUGGGUGGAAACCAUUGCCUUGAGCCACUGUUGCCUCAACCCAAUCAUCUACGCGUUUGCUGGACAGAAGUUCAGAAGAGCAGUCCUUAAAGUCUUCAAAGAUCAGUUUCCACUGUGCUUUAAGCAAUGUGCAUCUUUCUCUCAACAGUUAUCUGAGAGGAGAAGCUCAACCUUUUCCAGAGCUUCUGAAAUGUCCAGCACACAAAUUGCAUAAACAAAUUCUUUCACAUUAUUAUUUUCAUUUUCUGUAGCUUAUAUUUUUACCACUCACGUUUGCCCUU